GUGGCGCGCCCUCCCCCUCCCUCCGAGCCUCCGCUGCGGCGCGGGGAGGGGGGGCGCUGCGGAGCCGCGGGCAGCGGGCGGGCGGGCGGAGGCUAAAAAUACCCGGCGGCGAGGCACAGCUACUGCUGGGCUGCGGGGCUGCCGGGCUGCGGGCCGCUGAGGCCGUGCCGGGCCGGACCGGGCCCAGCUCAGCGACAUGCUGACGUUCUUCCUUGUCUCGGGGGGCUCCCUCUGGCUCUUAGCGGAGUUAAUCCUCUCACUUCUGGAGAAGAUGCAGACACAAGAGAUCCUGAAGAUAUUGAGGCUGCCUGAGCUGGGUGACUUGGGUCAGUUUUUCCGAAGUCUCUCAGCCACCACCCUCGUGAGUAUGGGUGCUCUGGCUGCCAUCCUCGCCUAUUGGUUCACUCACCGGCCAAAGGCCUUGCAACCACCGUGCAACCUCCUGAUGCAGUCUGAGGAAGUAGAGGACAGUGGUGGGGCCCGGCGAUCUGUGAUUGGAGAUGGCCCUCAUCUACUCACCCACUACUAUGAUGACGCCAGAACCAUGUACCAAGUAUUCCGUCGUGGGCUGAGCAUCUCAGGAAAUGGACCCUGUCUUGGUUUCAGGAAACCCAAGCAGCCUUAUCAGUGGCUGUCCUACCAGGAGGUGGCAGACAGGGCUGAAUUUCUAGGUUCCGGACUUCUCCAGCACAACUGUAAAGCAAGUACAGAUCAGUUUAUCGGCAUUUUUGCACAAAAUCGGCCAGAGUGGAUCAUCUCGGAGCUGGCCUGCUAUACGUAUUCUAUGGUAGUGGUUCCACUCUAUGACACCUUGGGACCCGGGGCUAUCCGCUACAUCAUCAACACAGCUAACAUCAGUACUGUGAUUGUGGAUAAACCUCAGAAGGCAGUGCUUCUGCUAGAGCAUGUGGAAAGGAAGGAGACACCAGGGCUCAGGCUGAUCAUUCUUAUGGAACCAUUUGAAGAAACCCUGAAAGACAGAGGGCAGGAGUGCGGAGUGAUCAUUAAAUCCAUGCAGUCUGUGGAGGAAUGUGGUCAACAGAAUCAUCAUGCUCCUGUGCCCCCAGGACCCUGUGACCUCUCCAUUGUGUGUUUCACAAGUGGCACAACAGGGAACCCAAAAGGUGCGAUGCUCACCCAUGGGAACGUGGUGGCUGAUUUCUCAGGCUUUCUGAAAGUGACAGAGGUGAAUAAAGUAGACUCACUAAUUCAGGUGUCUCUUGGGGACACCCUGAAGUCUCAGAGGUGCUUUGUUUUCUUUCUUUCUUUCUUUCCUUCUUUUUUAAAAAUAAUCCAGUCUGUAGUCUACUGCCAUGGAGGGCGUGUUGGCUUCUUCCAGGGAGACAUCCGUCUCCUCUCAGAUGACAUGAAGGCUCUGUGUCCCACCAUCUUUCCCGUGGUCCCACGAUUACUGAACCGGAUGUAUGACAAGAUCUUCAGCCAGGCAGACACACCACUAAAGCGCUGGCUUUUGGAAUUUGCAGCAAAGCGUAAACAGGCUGAGGUCCGGAGUGGAAUUGUCAGGAACGAUAGUAUAUGGGAUGAACUCUUCUUUAAUAAGAUCCAGGCUAGUCUUGGUGGGUGUGUGAGGAUGAUUGUUACUGGAGCAGCCCCAGCAUCACCAACAGUCCUCGGAUUCCUCCGGGCAGCUUUGGGAUGUCAGGUUUAUGAAGGCUAUGGCCAAACUGAGUGCACAGCUGGAUGUACCUUCACCACACCAGGGGACUGGACCUCAGGGCAUGUAGGAGCACCUCUGCCCUGCAAUCACAUCAAGCUGGUUGAUGUGGAGGAACUGAACUAUUGGACGUGCAAAGGAGAGGGAGAGAUAUGUGUGAGAGGACCAAAUGUGUUCAAAGGUUACUUAAAAGAUCCUGACAAGACAAAAGAGGCCCUGGAUAGUGAUGGCUGGCUUCACACUGGAGACAUUGGGAAAUGGCUGCCGGCAGGAACUCUUAAAAUUAUUGAUCGGAAAAAGCACAUAUUUAAACUUGCUCAGGGAGAAUAUGUUGCACCUGAGAAGAUUGAGAACAUUUACAUCCGGAGUGAGCCAGUAGCACAAAUCUAUGUCCACGGGGACAGCUUAAAGGCCUUUUUGGUGGGCAUUGUUGUGCCUGAUCCCGAAGUCAUGCCCUCCUGGGCCCAAAAGAGAGGAAUUGAAGGGACAUAUGCAGAACUCUGCUCAAAUAAGGAACUGAAGAAAGCUAUUUUGGAAGAUAUGGUGAGGUUAGGAAAAGAAAGUGGACUCCAUUCUUUUGAACAGGUUAAAGCCAUUCACAUUCACUCGGAUAUGUUCUCGGUUCAAAAUGGCUUGCUGACACCAACACUAAAGGCUAAGAGACCUGAGCUGAGAGAGUACUUCAAAAAACAAAUAGAAGAGCUUUACUCAAUCUCCAUGUGAAGUUCAAGGAAAGUUCUUCUCAGUAUAAUGGACUGUGUAGCAAUAUUAUAGUUCUUCUUGAAAGUAAUGAAUCCAAAUGAUGCAGCUGAAAAUGAAUAAGCAUGUGACCUUAUGACUGAGCCUUUUCCUGUUCCAAGAGGUCUUUAACAAUAUUUUCUCUAUCAUCACCGAGUAUACUUUAUUUUUAUUAUUAUAGUGAGCUGCUAAAAAUAUCACAAAUGGCAAUGUAAAAAUCAAGACAUUUCUCAAGAACUGUGUACCACUAAAAGUAAUAUAUUCUCAAUGUUCAUGGAACUAUUAAACAUAAAGGAAAAAACAUAACUGAUUUAUUGUACUUAAUUGUUUAUGGAACAGUAAUCAGAUCCAGCAAAUAUCUAGGCAAUGUGGACUACCUCAUUGAAUAACUAAUUGUCAACAUCACAAUUAAGCUAGACUCAGAAAACUAAAACUAGAUAUACAGAAUCAUGCUAAAACAAAACAUGAGAACUCACAUUUAUAUGACUUCAGAACCUUUAAAUAUGGCAAUCUCUAUUAAUAUUAAAUUUUUUAACUCUAAUUUUUUACUUUUAUUCAUGUAAAAUGCCAAUUUGCAUGUACUCAAGACAAAUGUUAUAUAACAUUUUGCAAAAAAAGUCAACACAUUAUCUCAUUUAUUAUGCUCAUUAAGUUAUUCAGGGACUACUUAGAGAAAAAGAUGUAAUGUAAAACUAUUUCAAUGAUAGUAUGUGUAUAUUCAUGGACUUCUUAUCACAGUGGUUUCUAUACUCUACAGUGAAUUGACCUGUGAGAAAGACAUGGGAAAAGAAGCCCAGAAUUAGUUCUCAGUUUGGGUAAGGAAGCAGUUAAUGUGCGUAAUGUUCCUUGCUGGGCUUUUCAGUUUUACAUUCUUAUUGUGUUCACACCAGUAGGACAAAACCAGUAUAGCUAAAAUUUUGAGCAAUUUCACUUUCUUUCAGUGAGACUAUCAAAGGAUGUAGAAAGGUAUAGGUUAUUUCCAAAGAAAAUAAUUUUUCAAGAAAAUAAUUUUAUUAAAGAACCACUUCAAAAUACCCCCUUGAAAACUUUUUAAAAUCCAUAAUAGAGAUAUGUCAUCAUAAAAUAUAGUUCCAUUCAUAAAUGCUUCUAAAUUUAAUCAUUAAAACCUCUCCUGCACUACGAAUCUAGACAUUUCUUGCAGCUGAGUGCCAACAAUUUUCAUACAAUUAAAACCCAGUGUGAACAGCAAUUAUGUUCUAAACCACAGACUGCACCUGAAGAAGGAUCUGUGCAUAGGUAAAUUUUUUUCCUUUUUUAGACAGGGCCCUGAAAACAGAGAUGGGAGCACUAUUCACAGUUUAGAAUCUCUUUUGCAGCAAAUCUAAACUGUAAAUAAGUGCUAUCCAUUAAAAACUAAAAAAUCACACAAGCCUACUGGUUAAUUUUUCAUCAAUGAUUAUACACUUGUAUUUCAGUCUUGUCAAAAGUGGACCAUGACUUUUUUGAUACACUGCUUAUCCAAUCUUUGGCAUAUUCUUUCCAUAGGCCCAUUAUUGUUUUCUAAAUGAGCUUGUUCUAUUGACAUUAAUUUUAAGGUAUUUUUGAAUGAACACACAUUAAAACGCCCAAGGCCACAGCUAUAUAGCAUUAAUUUUAUACUAACUAUAUAUUUGACUCAUAACAAAAGGAAAUCAUUGCCUGGAUUAGGUGUUCGUACUAUUUUAAAGGCAAGUAGCUUCAUAUUUCAAUGAGAAUGAAACUUAUUUCAAUUCUUCUUCCAUUCAAUUAAAAUUUCACAGUAUAAUGGAUUGUGUAACAAUAUUAUAGUUAUUUCACAAAUAACUAUAGUCCUGAGGGUGGAGAAAUAGAUAUAUCAGGGCUAGGUAGUAGCACACCUGGUAGAAUGCACACAUUACCAUGCACAAGGAUGUAGGUUGAAGCCCCCAGUCCCCACCUGCAGUGGGAAGCUUCACAGGCAAUGAAGCAGUGCUGCAGGUGUCUCUUGCUCACCGCCCCACUUGAGCAAUAUUAUAGUUAUUUUACAAAUGACUUUGUUUCUAAAAGAAUUUUGGACACUAGUACAAGCAAAUAAUUUAAAACAUAAAUUUUAUUCUAUUUAUACUUCAGUAAAUAUAUAUAUUAUAAUCACUUUAAAAGUUCUUUAUCUUACUUUAAAGAUCUUUUAUUUCUUCUAGCCAUCCUUGUCUAUGUGAAAACUAUCAUACUUGAGCCAAUAACAGGUAUCACAGAUAUGCUGAAAAAAGUAAACAAUGGACUCUAAAUAUAUUGCAUGUACCCUAAAUAUAUUGCAUCUAUUCCUCUGUUUAAUUCCACUGAUUUUUUUAGUAAAGGAAUAAUGAAAUACUGUAUGCUAAUAACAACAACAAAAAAUCUUGCUUCAUAUUUCUCAAUUUAUUCUGGAAAAAAAUAUAUGUCUCUUUAACCAAUGUAGAGGGAGGCUUCUACUUAAGAUACUAACAUUCAUAGAGGACCUCAAGCCCUACUUAAGUUUACAGGUGUAGCAGAGAUCAAUUCCUUAAGCAAACUAUGUCCUUAAAUGUUUGAUCUUUUAUCUGUACAAUUUAAACGUGAUAGUAAUUUUCACAUUUUACAAAUGAAUCCUAAGUAUACUAUAUGAUGAAAUAUACAGAAUUUCACUCCCUUUCAUCAUAAAAGAUAUCUUUAUUUUGUAUUGUGAUUCCCUUCAAGGUGAUAGAAGAAACCAGGUGUGAAGAGUAGGCUUAGCUUCACGGAUAAGAGCUCACAAACUCAAAUGUUCAAGAAAUAAACCAUUCUCCCUUGUAUAAGCAAGUCAACCUUUUGUUCAAAUUUAAGUAAAUUUGCAAGAUGAGAAAAAAUAGAACUUUCUAUUGCAAUUUUUAUAGUCAGUAAUGCGUCAGCAACCUAAUUUGAUUAUAUUACUCAUCAAAAAACUAGUAUUUUUAUUUUAUCUAGUAAAUUAUUUUAUUUUCCAAAUGUUGAAAGCACAAAUCUUAUGUAGUCAUUUAGAAUUCAAAAUAUUAUGAAAUGAAUGUGAAGAAUGGGACUUGUAUGACUGCAUGAAAACAGACUACUUACAAACUUGUUUACUAUCUCAGGAAAAAAGGACGAAUAAUAUAAAACUGAUAAACAACAUGUUUAGCUAAGUUUCUAUGUGUUUUUUUCCUAUUAUUUUACAUAAGCAUUUACAUCAAAAGAAAAAGGAAAAAUGAUCCUGGUUGUCUGAAUUAUCUCAAGUAGGCUGAACAAUACUUUCUGUGAUCUAGAAUUAACUGUGGUAAAAAUGAGUUUACCAUUCAAGUGAAAACAAAUCCCUACAUGAGAAACUCUUGGUUACAGUUAUAACAAUGGUUACAAUCCAGAAGCAAUAUAUAAAUAUAGAAUACAAACAUUUCUAAACCUAGUCCCAAAUUGAAAAGGUUUUCAUGUGGUGACGGAGGCAUUUAAACAUUUAUAUGACUAAUUAAAAUUUUUAUUAGAUCAUUGCAGCAACUGCAUGAGAGGAAAAAAAUGGAUAUUUAUUUUGCAGAGUCGCUUAUUCUUUCAAUUUUUAAAAUUGAGAUUAAAAUAUUACUUUUUCAAUAUGAAUAAAAGUAUCUUAACUGUAAUUACGCUUUAGUUGCUUUGUUAUAACAGCAUGCUUAUCAAAUAUAAAAUGCAUUUAUGAAAACUUUUGUAAAAAAUAAAGAUUUUUUUCUUUCUCAAA